AUGGAGGGCCGUGUGGUGGGUACAGACCUUGGUCUGGGGAGGUUCCAGUUUGAUUUCGAACAAGAAGAGGAUAUCACGGAGGUUCUGAAGAUGGUGCCGUAUCAUUUUGAUUUCUGGAUGGUGUCUUUAGUGAGGUGGAAGCCGGUUUUAGAACCAAACUAUCCCACUAAGAUCACGUUUUGGGUGAGAGUUUUGGAUAUCCCUCUUCAGUUCAGGGCAGCUCAGAUUUUUCAGAGCGUGGGGGAGGCGAUUGGUCAGGUUCAGGGCCAGGUCGAUAUUGUGGAGGGACGGGUUCGAGUGGAGAUCGAUGGCUUUAAACCUUUGGUGUUCUCUAUGGAUAUUGAGUUUGAGGAAGGGGUGGAGAUAAAGGUGGCGCUCCGAUAUGAGAAGCUUUAUGGGUACUGCACUGAAUGCUUUUGCUUGACUCAUGAAUAUUCCUGUUGCCCGCGGCUGCAUAAGGAGGAGCUUCCAGGUGCAGGUGUGGGAAGAUCAGAUGGUGAAGGGGCUCAGGCAGUAAGCUAUAAGGCAGUGGUGGCACACGGUAGCGGCAAACUGAGCGGUGAACGUCGAGAGCAAACUCGUUCACAAAACAUCAGAGGUGGUGAUAAGGGCAAAGGUAUUGCGUAUGAGAAACAUGGGAGCUCCAAGCAAGACGGGCCUUUUCAUCCUUAUAAGGGAAAGUUCACUAGAGGUGUUGGUGAUGGGUCCUCACUAAAUGGUAGGGGUUCCGGAUAUGGAGAUAGGAGACGUGGUAUGCAGUCUCGUGGUCCUCAGCCUAGGGGGAUGGUACAUCGGGGCCAGCAACUUGCUUCUGUUGCGGAAGGAGAACAGCAGCUACCUGAUCCCACAAAACUGAUGUUCGAUGCUUUCAAAGGGGUGGGUAAGUAUUUAAGAGAGGAAGGCCCAAUAGGGGCUGAGGCGGAAGCCAGUGGUGGGAAUAAUAAAGCACGUAAGGCGCUUUUGUUUGAAGAGACUACUGCUGGGCAUGAUCUCGUUUCUACUGGAGAGGGAGUGGAGCAUGCUGGAAAUCUGGUGUUGAAGAUGCAGAGUGAGGAUGAUGAUGCAGUGAAGAAGGAUGAUGAGAGGGCCUUGCACAAACAGGCGUUGGAUGAGGCUAAUAUGAUGUUAGAGGGCGAGCUUCUCUCUGACUCAGAGCUUCUGUUAGAGGAGGGAGAGGAACUAGAGGACUGGGAGCAUGGCGAGAUCACUGAUGGUAUGGAAGAGGAAGAACAUGUUGGUGAAGGAGUAGAGGAGGGGGAGCAAGCUGUUCUGGAGGCUGAUGCUGGCGAGACUGAUGUGGCUGAUCCAGGAAAGGCUCCUUUGAAGAAAGGUGUUAAGGCGGGGAAUGGGGGAGCUCCAAAGAAGCGGUCAGGGCCAGGUUUCGUCUCUCCACGUAAGAAGCUCCUUGCUAAGGUGGCUAAGGCUGGAGAUAAAGGAGCUAAGAAGGCCUCAAAUAAGCCAUAG